UAAUUAAUAUAUUUGAAGAUAUUUUCGUUAAAAAAACAUUAUAUCUAUUGUUACAAAAAUAUAAUAAUCCAAUCAUUAGAAUUGUUACUGAUCGUUGUAGUAGGAGCACUGGUCAGCCAUUGAUCGUCAAAAAGCAGCUGAUUGAAAGUUAAAAUUCUGCAAUAAUGUUUACUCCACGAGUGCUCAGGAGCCUUCCAGAGGUCGGCAAACGUAACAUUGGAAUUAUGGCACCGGCCAUGCAAAAAGUAUCAGAUCCUAUUCAACAGCUCUUCCUUGAUAAAAUCAGAGAGUACAAGUCUAAAAGCUCCGGUGGAAAAAUGGUCGAUCCAACGGCCGAAACCCAAAGAGAAAUGAAAUCAGAACUGGACAGACUUGCGACGCAGUAUGGCGGUGGCCCAGGUGUUGAUAUGACAAAAUUCCCAACAUUUAAAUUCGAUGAUCCACAUAUUGACGUCGAGUCAGGCUCAAAAGCAAAGUAAACCUAAUUGAAAUUCAUUCAAAAUCAGUAGAGAAGUACUAAAAAUAAAAUGAAAUUCAUGAAAAUAUGUGUAAUACUAAGCAAAUAACAGCGAAGCGUUAAGUUAAA